AUGAGCCCACUAAGAAUCUGUUUAUCUCGACUCAUCUUGGCCAACUCGGCUGUAUUUGUUGCCGGGGCAUUCGACACUCCUUGUAACGCUGUUUGUCUCAAAUCUCCGCAAGUGAUUUUUGAUCCUGGUGCUAUUGCUCCGGAUGGUAAGUUGGUAUCGCUUCGGCGGGCGGCACUCUCCUCUUUGUCUCCCGUAAGGCGCAUCUACAUCGUCGUCGUCAUAGGUGUUCUCUUCAUUUUCUUCACACGAUUCAUCAUUCCUGUCAUUCGGAUGGUGCUUAUUGUGAAGAUGCUGACGGUGAUGAAUGUGUUUAGGUUGUCGAGAGCUCCUAGAGGUAACGGAAUAUGA